AUGUCCCAACAUGCUGAAGCAUCCCAAACUGCUGCCACCACUCCCUCCAUCACUCUCCUGCAUGAAAUAGUCACUAAUGCUGGAGACAUAGUCAUGGCAGAGCUUUUGAUGCUCCAUGACCACAGGAACAAGCAAUACUGGAAAAGAGUUAUGCAUGUCAUUUGGGAACAGUUGACCCAUGUGCACCCUUUGGUUGAGGAACUGCCCUCAAAAUUCACCAUCCCCACCCACAUCAUUGCCACUGAAAUGAUCAUGAGAGAUCUGGUGGUGCUUAUGGCAUUGAAGGAGUGGCUGAACUUUGACAAGAUCAGAGAUGCAACAGAUGCUGAUGUUGCAGACCAUCUGUGGUACCAGAUUGGAAGGCCUGUUGAUAAGGGUAAAGGGAAUAACCCUGUGGCUGAUCAACCAGUUGCACUGCUCCUAAUGGCACUCAGCCCAGAAGUCAAAGGCCACAGAAGUGUACAAGCAACUGCUGGAGCAUCUGCUGGUCAUGGCUGCUCAGUUGCAGCUCUUGCAACCCCUGCUACUGGCUAUAUGCCUGUUGCCAAAGAAGACCAGUGUGAUAGUAUCUUUGCUGGAGUGAAGGCUGCAUGGUCACAGUCAAGGCGACCCUGCAGUUGUGCUGUAACUGAGGCACCUGAUGCAGCAGUGGACUGUCCCCAAACUGUUGCAGCCACCCAUCCCCCCAGCCAACACUGUCCUCAAAGCCCUUUGCCAGGGCCAUCAGCCAUGAUAUCCUUGGAACCCACCACUCCUGCAUGGCAGACCCAGAAGCAGCAGGCAGCCACUAGAAGUAUGACACCCACCACUGGCAAGACAACCACCUCAGCCACCCCAAGCUCCUGCAGGCAAAUUUUUGAUGGAGUGGUCAUUGUCACUCCAUCCUGGUGGCAGUCAGGUCAGCAGACAUUAAGCCUGGCAUCCCAGGCAGUGGCAACACCCCAAAGCUGUCUCACUACCCCAUCCUGCCCAGUGACCCCCAAUGCCACCCCCAUGGAGCAUAUAGAAGAGGAGAUUGCAGCAUUGUGGCAGCAGCAUAUGGAGAUGGCACAAGAUCUCCUAGAUACCUGCCAUGAGCUUGCUGAUACCCAGUGGGCCCUUGCAGAUACCCAGACUGAGUUGCAGACACUUUGCAAUCUUGUCGAGGCCUUAUGCCAGUGCCUGUACCCAUUGCCACACUCCUCACCCAAUGCACCUGGACCCUCCCCCAUCAGCUUUGCAAUUACAAGUCAUCAAGCAGUUGUUCCCACUGAUGGUGCAAGGAUACUUGACCUUGCACCCACUAUGAUGGUCUGGGAGGUUGUGAUUGAUACCAGCAUCCUCCAGAACCUCCUGGGAGAAGCCUGGCCCCCUAUCUAUGUCUCUUUGGGGGCAGUUGCCAACCAUGCUAGUGGGGAUGAUGCUGAUGAUGAGGAUGCUACUAAUUGGAUGGACAUAGAUUAA